GGCAUUUCGUUGUUUUCACUUCCUUCCAUACCAGCUUAUUCUUAACUUCCAUCGUCGCUUUCGAAAAACCCAAUUGCUAUUCCAACUUGCAUGCCGGAAAUAUGCCGAGUCAUUGAAGAGGCCAAGUUUACUGCUCGAGAGCAGCGAGCGGCCAAAAACAAACCCCAACCAUGGAUCGUUCUCAAGCUCAUGGUGUUUAUUACGACUGGCAUAAUGGGCUACGCUGGAUAUGUUUAUAUUGGGAGGUUUUGUGUUGAGAUAAUCAAAGGAAGGAGGAAUGGUGCUUCGAAAGGGACCGGGAUUGCGCUUCUGACAGUGUUCUGUUUGCUACUCCUCUGGAUGCUUUGGGCUUAUGCGAUGGUCGUUCUUACAGCUCCAGGUUUCGCCAGAGAUCACGUACCUCAAUGUCCACCACCAGUCCCACCGCCGCCUAUUCGACCAUCUUACACUCAUCCUCCCGAAAACGGAGUUCAUGAUCAAGACGAUCACAGUUUUCGCGGUCACCCUUAUGAACAAAUGUACCUUGUCAAUGAUGCUCACGACCCUCAUAAUGCCGGCGUCACAGACGCCUUUCCGCGACUGGAUCCCGAAGUAUCCUUGCCAACUAAUAACUCUUUUGGCCCCUCUGCAAAAGACGCCAGAGCGUAUAACGAUUUACAGCGAGCAGCGAGUAAAAGAGUGACGAGGCGACCUCCUACAACACCUGUGCUCGCUCCGGAAUAUCGGUACUGCUCGAGAUGUUUGCUGCUCAAACCUUAUAGGGCGCAUCAUUGCCGUGUGUGUGGGACGUGCGUUCUCAAAUACGAUCAUCAUUGUCCAUGGAUCGGUCAAUGUGUAGGAGCCCGAAAUCAAAAAUAUUUCGUUAACUUCAACCUCGCUACCGCGAUGUUCACGUCAUACACGCUCUCAACUUUCGUUGUAUACACCGUACGGUCUUCUAACAAUAAUGAAGAUCUCGACCCUCAACAAAUUCUCGUCACCGCCCUCUCCGGGCUGUUUUUCAUAUUCACGAUCACCCUUUUCCUUUCCCACAUACGCAUGCUUGCACUCUCACUCACUACCGUCGAAUCGCUGAAACAAGAAUCGAUGAAAGAUCGGGAAGACCAUAUGCUUGCAGAUGUGUUCGGAUUUUGGGAAGUGAGGAGUAAACGGAGAGUGAAGGCUGAAUGGGAUAAGGAAUGGGGACGGAUUGAUAGGGAGGGAAAUAUGUGGUGGGCCGGGAGUAAUUUGCAAGGAUGGGAAGAGACAAUGGGUAGUGCGAAGAGGACUCAGGAGAACCCUUUGGGAUGGCUCAGCUGGAUCUUACCGUUCAGGAUCAAUAGGAGGAACUACGCAGAGACAGGAAUGAGUUAUCAACUCAAUCCAAGAUUUGAUAAAGAAGGAAGGUGGAGGAGAAGGAGUGAGUGGCCGGAGGAUUUACGGUAACACCUGGACUUUUUUUGGAUUAUUUUCUUUUUCAGCUUCGAGAUGUAGCAAGUAACGUGUAACGUUGUACUGUCCGCAUAAGUUAUCUACUGUUGAUGCGUUGGUAUUCUUCUUGUUCGGUUUGGAUACCCAUCUGGACCAAUUAAGGACAUGUGCCAAUUCAUGUCGGAG